AUGGUUCAAUCAAAAAAGUUCAGAGGUGUCAGGCAGCGUCAUUGGGGUUCUUGGGUUUCUGAAAUUCGUCAUCCACUUUUGAAGAGAAGGGUGUGGCUAGGAACAUUUGAAACAGCUGAGGAAGCGGCAAGAGCUUAUGAUCAAGCAGCGAUUUUAAUGAGUGGUCGAAAUGCGAAAACGAAUUUCCCGAUAACACAAACUCCGGAAGGUGAUCCGAAGAGCAGUGUAAUUACUGAUAAGGACAAAAAUUCGAGUUCUACAAAGGAUCUAGAAGAAAUCUUACACGCCAAGCUUCGAAAAUGUGGCAAGUUACCAUCUCCUUCCAUGACUUGUUUAAGGUUAGACACAGAAAACUCUCACAUUGGUGUGUGGCAAAAGCGUGCUGGGAAAUGUUCUGAUUCGAAUUGGGUUAUGACUGUUCAUCUUGGAAAAAAUAAGAGUGUAACUGAAAAUAUUGGUACCACUAGUACUAGUACUAGUACUGGUACUAGUACUAGUACUAGUAGUAGUAGUGUUGUGCCCUACUCUUCGCCGGUCUUUGCGACCGGAGAGGAAAUCAUGCGAGGAGAGAUUGAUGAAGAGGAUAGAAUUGCACUUCAGAUGAUAGAAGAACUUCUCAAUGACAAGAAUUGUCCUAGCUCAUCGGUUAACAAUGUUAAACAAGGGGAUGAUAUUCAUAACAGCUUUUUUCUUUAA